GGGAGUUGUAGUUUUGCAGCAGCUGAAGAAACACUGAUAAUAAUGCUGAUGAAUCUCCAUAGGUCUGCAGUAUAUAACUGUAGGUAAUUCAGCAGUCGCAUUCUUUUAGAUUGCGCAAGUGAGCUGUCGCUGUCUCACUGGCCAUGACGUCGCUAGGUCUCCUUGACGUACGAUGACGUCAAGAGCUUAGGACCUUCUGGUUGCCAUGGUGAUGUGCGUCACGCCCAAUGACGUCAAAAGCCGGAAGUUCGUGUGAAACCAAAGAUGGCUGCAGGAAGCAGGAAGUGACAGCAAAGAGCAGAAGCUAUUGCUCUACGGGCUCGUGUAACCGGAAACGUUAACGCUAAGGAAACAAAAAGUUGUAAACAAGCCCUUCGGAGAGACUGUGCCGGUACCGGACUCGUCUGUCAGACAGCAGCCGCGGCGGAGGCUCCUGUGCGGAGGGAAGACCCCGGGGAGACGUCCCGGAAGUAGAGGAGCUUCUGUGGUACAUAUUCAUCCAGACCCACUGACGCCAUGCUACCUCAAGGAUCCUAAUGCCCUGCACGGUGUCUGUGAUGGACGGGGGGGGGAGAUACCCACAACCUGAGUCACAACACGGAGCCAACGGAAUGUGCUCCACUGCUACGAUGCAAUACCAGCCCACCUUGUCUGAUGUUGAGACCCCGGUGUUGGCUGGUAACCAGUGGACACAUUACUCAUAUUCACCUGCUCAUUGCUUGCCCCAUGCUCCUAUCACCAGCUCAGAUCCAUUUCAUUACAACGGUCAACCAGAAUAUUACAGUAGGAACUAUUCAACCCAAUUCUCUAGUUACUUUCCUGGGAGCCAGACUUACAUUCAGGACCCCCCACCAUAUUUUAAUGACUUAUCCAACCACUCCAUCCUUUCUUCCCCGGAUUCCUUAUCUGACAUCAAGGACACACAGGAUUUUCUGCCUAUUGACAGCCUUAACAAUGUACCGACAAUAUGGGAUAUCGCGCCACAAGACACCAGCACUGCAUCGCUUCUUUCCUCCAGUCGCCCUUUUCUAAACCUGGACAGAUUUGAGGACUUGCAAGCAAUAAUUAAUACGCCAUCGGUGCAGCAACGGCAGCCAUCAAAUCCUAUAGUAGAAGAAGAAGAGGAGUAUGAUGAAGAUGCUGAGGAGCUGGGGCACACUGAGACCUAUGCCGAUUACAUGCCUUCUAAAUCCAAACUAGGUAUCCAGCACCCUGACCGAGUAGUGGAGACCAGCACCCUUUCCAGCGUUCCACCUCCAGACGUCACCUAUAUGCUUUCCCUUCCUAGCUCUAUUGUCGAAAAAGGGCUUUUAUCCGCUUUACAGCUUGAAGCCAUAGUGUACGCUUGUCAGCAACAUGAAGUGGUCCUUCCCUGUGGUCAAAGAGCCGGAUUUCUGAUUGGAGAUGGAGCUGGUGUGGGAAAGGGACGAACUGUUUCCGGCAUCAUAUUACAAAACUUUUUAAUGGGCAGGAAAAAAGCACUUUGGUUUAGUGUAUCCAAUGACCUUCGCUGUGAUGCAGAGCGAGACUUGAGAGAUAUUGAGGCCAGCGGUAUUCCAGUGCAUGCUCUUAGUAAGAUAAAAUAUGGAGACACUUCUGCAACUGAAGGUGUACUGUUUGCAACUUAUUCAGCACUUAUUGGAGAGAGUCAAGCUGGAGGUCAACAUCGGACUCGUAUUAAACAGAUUAUAGAAUGGUGUGGGGAGAACUUUGAGGGAGUUAUUGUGUUUGAUGAAUGUCACAAAGCCAAGAAUGCCUCGUGUACUAAAAUGGGCCGUGCAGUCUUAGAUCUGCAGAACAAUUUGCCGUUGGCACGUGUUGUGUAUGCCAGUGCCACUGGUGCCUCCGAGCCCAAGAACAUGAUUUAUAUGAGUCGACUGGGUAUCUGGGGAGAGGGCACAUCUUUCAGCACUUUUGAUGAGUUCUUGCACGCAAUUGAAAAGAGGGGUGUUGGGGCCAUGGAGAUUGUUGCCAUGGAUAUGAAGUUGAGUGGUAUGUACAUCGCACGGCAGCUCAGCUUCACUGGUGUCAAUUUCCGAAUUGAGGAAAUUCCCCUGGAUGAGUCUUUCAAGCAGAUAUACAACAGAGCAGCACUGCUGUGGGCUGAAGCACUGACAGUGUUCCAGACAGCAGCCGAUUGGAUUGGGUUGGACUCUCGAAAAUCUCUGUGGGGCCAAUUCUGGUCAGCACAUCAACGAUUCUUCAAGUACUUAUGUAUUGCUGCCAAAGUCCAGCGUCUGGUAGCCUUAGCAAAACAAGAAUUGAACAAGGGCAAGUGUAUUGUUAUUGGUUUGCAGUCUACUGGAGAAGCCCGGACACGAGAAGUGAUGGAUGAAAAUGAUGGACAUCUUGACCGCUUUGUGUCAGCUGCUGAAGGAGUCUUUAAGUCCCUGAUCCUGAAACAUUUCCCUUCAAGCAAAAGGAAGCGUGAGAAAACAAAAAGGAAAAAACGUGCAAAGCCACGGAAUGGAAAGAUAACACGUGGAGAUAUUAUUGGACUAAUCCGAAACAGUGAGGAGAGCAGUUCAGAUUCUGAUGGUGUAAUAGACAGUGAUUUCAACUCCUCUCCUGAGUCCUUACAGGACAACGAUGAUGUCAUAUUUGUGGAACACACAUUUAAUGGACACAUAGUGCCCGAUCGUGGUCCAGAACAAGUGGAACAAAUGAAGAUGGAUUUGUUGGCUAAAGUUGAAGAAUUAGGAAAAGUGUUACCUCUAAAUACAUUGGAUGUACUUAUAGACCAGCUUGGGGGUCCAGACAGCGUAGCAGAAAUGACUGGUAGGAAAGGACGAGUAGUUCGCCGGCAUGAUAGUGUGGCAUUUGAAUCUCGAGCGGAGCAGAACCUUUCAAUAGAUAAUGUAAACUUGCGGGAAAAGGAACGUUUUAUGAAUGGCACAAAGCUUGUGGCAAUUAUAUCGGAGGCAUCAAGUUCAGGGAUUUCCCUACAAGCUGACCGACGGGUGAAAAACCAACGUCGACGAGUACAUAUGACACUGGAACUACCGUGGAGUGCUGACAGAGCCAUCCAACAGUUUGGUCGCACACACAGGUCUAACCAAGUCUCUGCCCCGGAGUAUGUUUUCCUCAUAUCAGAGCUUGCAGGAGAGAGGAGAUUUGCUUCUAUUGUGGCUAAAAGACUGGAAAGCCUGGGUGCACUUACUCAUGGGGACAGAAGAGCUACAGAAUCAAGAGAUCUCAGCAAGUACAAUUUUGAAAACAAGUAUGGGUCAAGAGCACUGGAACAGAUCUUAUCUGCUAUUCUGAACCAAACGCAAAGGGAUGUGCCUCCCCCACAAGGGUACCCUGGAGGUCCUGCUGCUUUCUUUCAAGAUAUGAAGCAAGGCUUGCUGUCAGUGGGAAUUUGCUGCAGAGAAACAAAGUACAAUGUUGUUGUUGAUAAAGAGUGCUCUGUGACAAAAUUUUUGAAUCGGAUGCUGGGCCUGGAAGUACACAAGCAAAACAGUCUGUUUCAAUUUUUCUCUGACACAUUUGACUUUCUUAUUGAGAGAGAUAAGAAGGAUGGGAAAUAUGACAUGGGCAUUCUAGAUCUAGCUCCGGGAGUGGAUGAGAUAUAUCAGGAAAGUAAAGAAACAUAUCUGACGCCAGGACAUCCUCAGGAUGGACAAGUGGUAUUUUAUAAGAUCAGUGUGGACCGUGGUAUGAGUUGGGACAUGGCUCUGGAAAAAUCGGAGAGUCUUCAAGGUCCAAAUGAAGGCUUCUACCGGUCAUAUAAGGUACGAGGCGAUAUGUACUCCGCAAUCUUGGCUGAGCAUAAACAAGGAAAGUAUUAUAACCUGUACAAACCUAACAUUGGAAAACAGAGCCAAUCAGAAACGCUGGAUAGCUUGCUGAGCAAGUAUUAUAAGGUAUCUGCAGAAGAGGCACAGCAGCACUGGGACCGUCAAUAUGAAUUCUCUUUAAGCAACUGCUCCCAUACCAUGUGGAAUGGGAAUUGUAAAACUGUACAGCAAGGAAAGGACUGUGUACAAGGCCUACGUCUUCGACAUUACUACAUGUUGUGUGGAUCUCUGCUCCGUGUCUGGAGUCGGAUGGCGUCUGUGAUUUCUGACAUUACAAGCAGUAGCUACCUACAGAUUGUGCGUUUAAAAACCAAGGAUAAACACAAGCAAGUGGGCAUAAAAAUCCCAGAGGUGUGUGUGUAUAAAGUACAAGAGGAACUCAAGCAAAUGGAUCUAAGUGUGAAGCGGAAACAUGAGGAAUCUCGUCAGAAUGCCCAACGUCGGUCUUUGCCCCCUUUACCCUCUGCAUCCCUUCCUUUGGACUUUUCUUUACCUUUAUUUCAGUCAGCCUCCUUUUUAGAACCGGACAUAUUGGAUUUGACCUACAGUCCUCCACCAUCAACCACACAGGAACAGCAUGGGUAUCCUUUCUCAGAAACUCUAGGAAACAUUCUUUCAAAUGACAUUCUCCUGGGUGAGUCUGUUAAUGUCAAAGAGAUCAUAGAGGAGAUGCUUCAAAAAGCAAAAGAGCCAUCGGCUUCAGAUCGCCAGAGUGUCAUCCAGUAUGGAGGGGAACAAGCCAACUUCUGGGGCACAGGCUGACAACUAAAGCUUGCCCAGUGAUCUCAGACCCGCAGCUCUGCUCCCCGGCACGGUUUGUUGGAGAAGCCAUGAUAGCAGAGUUUGGAUUUUACCAUUAGGAACCAUUACAAAACUGAGUACUUCACAGAAAUAUAACAACCAAUUGGAAGUCUUGUAGGCCAAAGCAAAUAGUACACAAUUCUUCAUUUUUCAGAGGACCAAGUGUCAUGCAGAUGCUUAUUUUGACAUCUCAAUUUAGUAACUAACAUGUCUACAUUCUUACUAACUGGCUGACACAUCAGGUGCUGUAAAACUGCAGUCUGUCCCUAUUUUGUGGGACUAAAAAUGUGCAGAAUUCACACCGGGAGCACAACACUGUUUCUGUGCUGACUUGUUUCACCGGCUUAGGGUAGGCUUGGGAUUCAGGUUCCCAGUGUGCAUAGGUUCUUCUGUGUUCAUGAGCUGUCUUCUCACAGCGCACAGCACUUUAUUGUCUCCUCUGCCGAGCUUCAUACACUGCUGGCUAAACAAGCCUUUUGCAGAGCAAUAGCAUGUGUGAUCAGUAUACUGCAUAUGUGGAGAAGGGGUGGGAAAAGACUGAUCUUUUAAUUGUUAUUUUAACCCUUGCUAAUCUUUGCACUAUUUGCUGCCCCAUGACCACCUCCCUGUGGACAGAUGGGGCCUGGGUGUCUGCUCAGGGUAUGUUUGUAUAUAAAUAUUUAUAUCCAUAUAUGUAUGUCUCAGGCUGGGUACUGUUUGCCUGACAGAGGCAGACACUGUUUUAAGUUUUAUGCCAAAGACAUUUAUUAUAUCUUCUUUUUUUAAUCACAUAUUUAAUUUUUUCACCUUUUGGAAUGCUAGUGUUUUUCUCCUUUCCCUUUUAUUAGUUUGUGAACUUCUGCUUUUGGCUAGGCUAUUCCAUCUGAAAUGUUAAAAGGGACAGCUGCAGCACUUCAAGUCAAUAGCAGUACAAUACGCAAUAUCGACAAUGCAAACAAUGACACCUAAUAAUGGUCGGAUGCAUAGAAUACACACACUUUACCUCUAUUGCUUACUAGAAAUACUUAUCCAUGUCACCCUUUGGUUUUUUGUCCUGUUUACUGGGGAAUCCUGCUAGGAAUAGAUUAACCCAACUUGUAUUGAUGAAAUGGGAAAAUUGUCAACUAUUCUUGUAGUUCUGCAAGUCAUGGCUUUAGUUUUCUUUUCUUUUGGGUUGUGACUGGACAGUAAGUUAUUAAAUGUAUUGGUAAACCUAUUGAACAACUGAGGUUGGGGACAAAUGUCUUGUCCUAAUGGCCUACACUAUACUAAAAAUCUUCACAUUUCUUUCAUAUAGGGAUGAACAAAGUUAUUGCUAUAACCAAAUGAAAAAGUUGAACGCUUAUGCUUUCCCUGCCUUUUUUUUGCACUUGCUUGCAUUUCACUACACAAAUGGUGAUGCAUCAGCAGGUGCUGUGUGUGCUGACAUUUUUGGCACACUGCCUUUUCCCUGGAUUUUGCAGUGAUUUUCCUUUUUGUAUCCAACUUUAUAUGUCCUGCCCUUUUUGAAUUGGUGACCCACUAUCCUCCUGACAUGCAUUGUGCAACCCUUUCAUCUGGCAGUGGGCUACUUAUUAACCUGUUCCAAGACACCCACUUGUCAGCCAAAAAUGAUAGCAUGACUUAAAGGGGUACUCCAGUGAAAACCUUUUUUCUUUUAAAUCAACU